UAGGUUAACAAUUAAUUUUGCUAGUGGAACUGCGCUGAAAGAUCUAACCGGAUCUAUCCAUAGGAUCUAUCUAACCCUUUCGUUUACUGUCUAUGAUCUAACCCCUACUGGAGGUCGCGCUGACCAGAGAGUAGGAACAUUCGGGCUCUGCUCUGACUGUGCAUUAGCUGACAACUUCCUGUUAUCAUUCCAUCCAUGCACCUCCUACAGCAACUUGAGGAAACAUGGCAGAGUUGAAUCGACAACUACAAGAGUACUUGGCGCAGUCAAAAGGUGCAAAAACGAUAUCUCAGUCCAGUUCUAGCACAACAAUAGACAUAGAUGAAUCGGCGUCAGUUCCUGGGAGUUGGUUUGGGAAGUGGUCAAGUCCAUUUUCCAAUUCUAGUAGCCGCGGAUCUACAGGCCAAGGGACAAGCAGCGGAUUUUCCUGGCCAUGGUCCUCCGAACCAGACCCUUGUUUGCCGGGUAUGAGCCGUUCGCAGAGGCUCAUUGCUUUUGGGACCUGUAUUUUCUUCUCGGCUUUGUGCUUUGGACUCUCAGCCUUGUAUGCGCCUUUACUCUUGCUGAAAGCACGGAAGUUUGCGCUUCUUUGGUCUCUAGGCUCCCUUUUUGCUCUCCUCGGAGCAGCAAUACUGCGAGGACCAAGCAAGCUCAUUGCAACACCGACGCCAGGAGCAGUUGUUUACCUCUGCUCUCUAGGAGGUACUCUCUACGCGGCGCUCAGCCUCCAUAGCACAAUACUCACAGCACUGGGAGCAGCCUUUCAGAUAGCCGCAAUCGUGGGUUAUGUGGUUGCCUUGUUGCCUGGUGGGACUGCAGGCAUGCGGUUUGUUGGUGGAAUGGCAGCGUCAGCCAUCAAAAGAACUGUAACCGGCAAAACCAUGCCAAUCUGACCUAUUUUUAAUAUGAGGUUGUGGACUAAUUUGGAGGAUGCGUACCGUGCGCUCUGAUCUAAGCUAUUUUGGAUGGCACUUUGGGACUCUUUUCAAAGCCCUAUAUCGCAGGGAAACAACGCCGAUGUCUAGACCUAAAUAACCUAUUUUCUCAUAGCAACUUGUAAUACCCUUGCGCUACUGUACUGACUCUGGGGCAAUUUCCACUUAUUAAAGGGACCAUGUUUUGAAAAAAGUGUUACCAGCAUGUUAGACCUACGGACUUGAAUCCUGUGCAAGAACUGUAGAAACUGUGAUGUCUCCUUUUAAGUGACAUUCCAUAAACUAUUAAAACUGCAUUUUCUGAAGGGAAGGAAACUUUCGUUUGAACCAUUAGGCCUACCUACAUGUAGCCUUACUAUUGACAUAAGGCCGCCAAUGUGAAAACGAGUUGAAUCUCAGUGUGGUGACCUUUUGAGAGCAUGUUGAUAUAAUAAAGACUGCAAUGAUCAGUUUCUGAAAAAUGCCUCCGCAAUCACUCGAAGUGAAAUGCUGUAAUCUAGAUUCAUGAGUUAUUUACUGUUUGUAUUAGGCUUAAUUGUCUGACUGCCUAAGCUUCCUGGUGUUUUUCUUUGAAUUGUUGUAGCUGACCUGGUUUAAAUAAUAGAAUCUUUCAGCACCAUCUCAGUAAUAUAAGCUGCAGUUUAGGGUUGCUGAAUACUGGAGUGAGAAAAUAAAGUUAGUUUCAGAAUGCUGGUCUUACUUGUGCAUAAAUUCUGUUGCCCACUCAAGGGGAAAAUAGACCACUAGAUAUAUGCUUGAAAUAAUUAUGUUGUACUUCAUGGUGGAGUAGGAAGCCAAAGAAAACUCAUUUCAGUAAAAAAUGAAGACUUCCCCAAACAGACCUGUAUGGCAUUUCUGGUUUGCUUUACCAAACUCUGACACAUCAACAGAGGUGUGUUCCUCUACAUCGACAAGUCUAUUUUCACUCAAAGAGGUUAGAAAGCACCUUAUUCACUGUUAAACUAGGCUUUUCAUGAUGUGCGUUCAUUUGAUUAUAAUUCAUCAUACACCGCUGUUGUUUACCUCCUCAUAUUUGGGUCAAAGUUCUCAUUCUUUGUGAACAUGUAGAAAAGGGCUAUCUUGCAACAAACGUACUCAACACUCUGUUGAUUAGGGCAGCUGGAGCUGGACUUUGUCCUCUUUUUUUGUCUUUGAGUGGAAUUUGAAAUGUCAUUGAAGUCAUUAAAUACAAUCUUAAAAAUCGAAA